ACAAUUAUGAACCAGUGAUUAGAUUUUCGGUUUUAGGGAUUUUGCGAGCAAAUACCGAGGAGGAAUACAAUACUUUAGGAAAUACAAGAGUUCUGAAGUAUCGUAUUUCAACGUGGGUUGUUCAGCAUUCAGGAAUCCCAGUUACGAAAUAUAGUUAAUCAAAAUGGCCAACGUUGUUAUCCGUCUUGCUAACGAAGCCGACUUACCAGCCGUUUUAGAAAUGUCAGAAGGUAUAUAUGAUGGCCAUGACUAUUUUGCUAGCGAGUUUCGGAACUAUUUGAACGACCCAAACCGAAGAAUUUUGAUCGCAGUGAUGGAUGACAAAGCUGUCGGCUUACAAGUCAUGCAUGUUAUUGAUGAAGGCGAAACAGCUAUAGCUCAUUCUUUGCGUGUAAAUUGUAAAUAUCGUUGCCAGGGAAUUGGUAAACGACUGAUUCAAGAGUGUCGCAAUUAUGUGAAAGCGAAUUUUCCACAAGUUAAAUUUGAGAGAUACGUGACAAGGAGCAAUGCACGUCUGGCCAUACAAGAGAAAUCAGAUGACGUUCAAUUUCACGAAGCUGCAGCUUUUGUGUGCCUUGUGAAGGGUAAUACAUCCGAGCUGCGCUCUCGUCUCACAAGCUACUCUAUUGACCAGACUACUAAUUUAAAACAAUUGAACAAAACUGAUCUGGAGCGCAUCCUAACUCAAGAUACACUUCGCAAAAUUUUGUUGAAAGGAAAAUACAUCGGUAUAAGAGAACCAUUCAAGGCUCUUGUGUCCAACAUCACAAUUGGCUUAUUCAAGGAUGGUGAUACAAUGCUUGCAUCUUAUUCUGGUGAAUCUGUUGAGUCAUUAAGUCACUCUCGGUGGUAUUCAGUUGCUAAACACCCUCGAUUAAAUAGCAUCUGUUAUACUCUGGACAAAGAGUUGCUUAAAAUCCAUCUUGUCAAGCAGUUGCAACAUGCAAUUUUGCAACACCCUGGAGAAACAAUUAUUUUCGCUUCCAUUAUCGAUAAAUCACUGGCUGAAUGCACAACUGAUAUCUUAUUUAAAGAUCUGUCUUUGACGACUUCAAGCAAUCAAUUGAAAGCAUAUCAUAAUCUUUAUUUCUAUGAAAAAUCCCUGGUAUAAUAGACCUUAGAGGUGCUUGCGUCAUGGGACUGUCAAACAAUAAAUUGCAAUGCAAUAUAUGAAACAUGUAGGAAAAUCUAACCUAAUAUUACGUAGAUUGACUGUGUGACAUGAGCACCUCUAAUGUCUAUUUACUGCCUUGUGGAAGUACCUUACUUUUGAUAUUUGCAUUAACUCAUCCCCAGUCUUCUAUCUGAGUUAUGUAUUGAGAUAAUCUCAAUUUUUCUCUGUCCACAGAUAGAUGUCUCUGAACACACAUACCUACAACAUUUGCUAGUAUUCUGUCAGAACAAGGUUAUCUGGAUAACUUUAACAUAUAGUAUUUCACCUACUAAUAUGUUUUAAAACAACAUAUCAUCAUUAAGUACCAAGACCAAAAUAAUCUGCAAUUAAUAUCCUGCAAUUAAGUAUAAUUAUGGCAAGGCAUCACACUCUUAGUAGUCGAAUAGUGCCAUUAAAUUACAUAAUGGAUUAUAGGAGAGGCAGAAAUAGAUUUUUAAUUUUUACAGUCACAUCCUAGAGAGCAUAGCUACCCUACUAGCCUAGCCAAUUUGGAUAACUUCUAAAAUACCAUUUUUUAAAUAAAUAGCAGAUGUUUAUUGCUACAAUAAAUUGCAAUCACUUCACUCUCCAAAAUAGCAUGCAUUCGUUUUUUUUCUAACAUUUUGGCUAUUCUAAGCUAUUUAAUUAGUCCGGUUUGCCAGGAUAAAACAAUUAUAUAUACAAAAGAGCAAAGUCCAUUUAAGCUGGAUUAAAAUGAAUAUAUAAUAUAAAUGAACGUAUGAUUGCUGUAGUAUUGUAUGAUUGAAUGUAUGAUUGCUAGGCAAUGUGCCCUGGUGGCUGCCAUUGUUUUGUAACUUUUCAAUGAUUUGAAAUUUAUGUUGUAAAAUUGAUAACCAAAUUUCAUGAAUUAGGUCACAUGCACACC